AUGGUGAAGAACACUCUCUCUAUAUUUCUUGUUAGUUUCCUAAUGGUCGUUGCUCUAUGCUUCGGCCACGAAAACCCUGCACUGCGCGGCAAGAACUUGCGCGGCUGGUGUGUGGCUGAUACAGGCGCACCACACGACAAGUUGCAAGAAUUUCUAGACUACGGGUGUCAUGAAUUCGACUGUAGCCAGAUCCUGCCAGGUGGACCGUGUUAUGAACCUAACCUUUUACUGGCACACGGAUCUUGGAUCCUCGAUAAAUUUUACAAAACCGGUGCCUUUUGCAAAGAAGGACUUGGGUUCAUUACUGAGACUAAUCCUUCAUAUGGAGAUUGCCAGUAUCCGUGA